CUCUCUCUCUCUCUCUUCAUCCGUCUCUCCUGCUCUCCGUCUCUCCAUCCGUCUCUCCUGCACGAGCGCCGCUAUGUGAGAUGGGUCAGGCGUGUGGACACGCGCUGCUCUGCCGUAGUCAUCAGCACCACCCGGCUUCUGAGAUACGAGGACAGAAAGUCUUCCUGAGAGCUGAUGAGCCGCCUGCGUCCUCACACGUCUUUCAGGAUGCAUUGCUGCGGCUGGCCUCCAUUGUUGACAGCAGCAGUCUCCGGUCGGCCAUUAAAGAGACACUGGAGGCUGUACUGCCGAAAGUGGAGAGUGUGUUCGUGUAUCUGCUGGAUGCUGAGUCUCAGAUGCGAUGUGAAGAUCCACCUCAUGACCUUCAAGCAGAAGGCAAGCUCAGGGAGGUGUUGGUGCAGAAGAAGAGAGCAGUGUGUGUUGGCCUGCCAUCCACAGAGCUGCAGGAGAAGCAGAGGGCAAGCCUGGCAGCACCUCUCCCUCCUGAGAAGCGAGUCGUGAUCAUUCCACUGGCAGAUGAAGAUGAAGACAAGGUCAUGUCUCUUAUUUUGGUUUGCUGUCAUCUGCUCACUGAUCAGGAUGAACAGAACCUAAAUCUUCUGGAGAAACAUCUCAUCGUUGCCUGUAAAAGAGUGCAGGCAAUACAGAGGAGUGUGACGGCACCAGUAGCCCCGUCUCAGCCACUCAACACCAACAGCCCAAGCAAGAAGGUGAAAGACUACAGAGAACUGGACCGCAAGAUUCUGCAGCUUUGUGGUGAGCUCUAUGAUCUGGAUGCAGCAUCGCUUCAGCUCAAAGUCAUCAACUAUCUGCAAAAAGAGACCCAGUCUCAGUGCUGCUGUCUGCUGCUGGUGUCUGAGGAUAAUCAUCAACUAUUCUGUCAGGUGGUUGGGGAUAAAGUUCUAGAAGAAGAGAUCAGCUUUCCACUGAUGUUCGGACGCUUUGGGCAGGUGGUGGAGAAAAAGAAAUCAAUCACCUUACAGGAUGUUAGCCAGGAGGAGAGAAGGCAGCUCAGCAGUAUGUUGGGGUUUGAAGCGAACUCCAUGCUGUGUGUGCCUGUCGUGAGUCAGGCUACUAGCCAGGUGGUGGCGCUAGCAUGCGCCUUUAACAAAAAGGGAGGGCAGACAUACACAGCAGCAGAUGAACACAUGGUCCAGCACUGUUUUUGUUACACCUCCACAGUGCUCACCAGCACACUCGCCUUCCAGAAAGAGCAGAAACUAAAGUUUGAGUGUCAGGCUCUACUUCAGGUGGCCAAAAAUCUCUUCACACACCUUGACGAUGUGUCUGUUCUACUGCAGGAGAUCAUUGUGGAGGCUCGGAACCUGAGCAAUGCUGAGAUUUGUUCAGUCUUCCUGCUCGACCGUGUCAGUCAUGAACGUGCCAAAGUUUUUGAUGGUGGUGUAGUGAACGAUGACGAGAAAGAGUUCCGUAUCCCAGCAGAUCAGGGCAUCGCCGGGCACGUUGCCACUACAGGAAAAAUCCUAAACAUCAAGGACGCAUACUCACACCCACUUUUCUACCGUGGUGUGGACGACAGUACGGGUUUCCAUACACGCAACAUUCUCUGUUUCCCCAUCAAAGAUGAGAAUGGAGAUGUUAUUGGUGUUGCUGAGUUGGUGAAUAAGACGAAUGGUCCAUGGUUUAACAGGUUCGAUGAGGACCUGGCCACAGCCUUCUCCAUCUACUGUGGGAUCAGCAUUGCCCAUUCUCUGCUGUAUAAGAAGGUACAUGAGGCUCAGUUCCGCAGUCACCUGGCCAAUGAGAUGAUGAUGUACCACAUGAAGGUGUCUGAGGAGGAGGUGAGCAGACUGCUGGUGAGAGGAAUCGAUCCUGUACAGAGCAUCCACCAGAGCUUCUCUCUGUUCACCUACACACCUCGCUCCCUGCCUGAUGACACCACGCCCAUGGGAAUCCUGAGCAUGUUUGAGGAUAUGGGCUUUAUAAACACAUAUAAGAUCGACCUGCACACUCUUGCCAGGUUCUGUCUAAUGGUGAAGAAGGGAUACAGGGAUCCACCUUACCACAACUGGAUGCACGCUUUCUCAGUCUCUCACUUCUGCUACCUGCUUUAUAAGAACCUGGAGCUCAACAACUACCUCGAGGACAUUGAGAUCCUUGCUCUCUUUGUGUCCUGCAUGUGCCAUGAUCUGGACCACCGAGGAACAAACAACUCCUUCCAGGUGGCCUCGCAAUCUGUUCUGGCAGCCCUUUACAGCUCUGAGGGAUCAGUAAUGGAGGUAGUUGGAUAUGACCCGAAGAACCGGACACACCGCAGCCUGCUGUUGUGCCUACUGAUGACCUCUUGUGACCUCUCGGAUCAGACCAAGGGCUGGAAGACCACCAGGAAAAUUGCUGAGCUGAUCUACAAAGAGUUCUUCUCUCAGGGUGAUCUGGAGAAGGCAAUGGGGAACAGGCCCAGUGAGAUGAUGGACAGGGAGAAGGCGUACAUCCCUGAGUUACAGAUCAGCUUUAUGGAACACAUUGCGAUGCCCAUCUACAAGCUGCUGCAAGAGAUCUUCCCUCGUUCCUCAGAACUCUACGAGCGUGUGGCGGCGAAUCGCGAGCAGUGGACCAAAGUUUCACACAAGUUCACCAUCCGCGGGUUACCCAGCAACAACUCGCUGGACUUUCUGGACGAGGAGUACGAGCUGAUGCAGGCGCAGGGGGCAUUCAGGGACGACGGUCACCGUAUGAACGGCUGCCUGGACGACGAGUGCAACAAGACAGACGAAUAAAAGGCCUGGAAGCACAAUGUUUUCACUCCGGAACAGGUAGAUGUUACACCUUUGUGUCGUCCCCAAGAGGACACCAGUGUGGAGAUAACAGACUGGGAUGUGAUUAGACGACUGUCGAGACACUGGAGUUUUGUGGGCGGAGCCGAUAUGCUGCAGAUAAUGAUGUCAUUUCCUGCCAUUCGAACCAUUUGCGCAAGCAGAACACUUGUUGUGGGGCUGCGGGGUGGAGCCUCAUGAUUUCUUGUGAAAUAUUUCAGAGAAAUGUACUUUAAUGAUCUACUCACCAUUUUGAUAGCUGAACAAAGCCGUGUUUGAUUUUAUAUAUAUUUUCUGUCCUGCUGUAAACAUUCUAAAUUCCAUCCACAUGUAUAGAAGUGAGUUAUAGUUUAUAAAACGGUUUACGGGGAA